CAACUUCUGAGGAAUAGACCACAAAUGCUUUCUCAAGGCAAUCUAAGCGGUGUGGUUUAAUGAAUGCUGCGCAAGUGGACAGAGAAGAGGGACCGACCUGGGAUCAACACCAGGCAGGCCAAGCCUACCCUUCCUGACGGGAUCGCGGUGCGGCUACUCUGCCAGGGCGGGCUUAACACCAAAACAUCCCCAGCGACCAAGCAGGCACCUGGCCCGGAGGAAAAGGGCAAAGCCAGCAGUGCCAAGAAGGCCGAGGAGGAUGAGGAGGUUGACAUCGACCUGACGGCACCGGAAACGGAGAAGGCAGCCCUUGCUAUUCAGGGCAAGUUCCGGCGGUUCCAGAAAAGGAAAAAGGAUGCCAGCUCCUGAGCUGCCAGCCUCGCAGUCACCCUGCUCCUCUCCCCUCUCCACAGCCUGACUCCCAUGUGUCUUUGUUUGUCCCUCUAGCCUGUCGUUAAGGCGAGCUCAACCCUUAUAUGUUGUGUUGUGUGGCCCCUCGAGCCAUCACAGCAGUGGGGGCACAAGGACCAGAGGGAAUGUGAGGGAUUCAGAAGCUGCCACUUGCCCGGGGGCGGGGGGGGGGCAGCUUUUCCCUCGUCAGCACCUGGGCCUGCCUCCCGAGGCUUUGGGGCUGCGAGGAGGAGCCCGGGCAGUGUGAUGGCGGGGAGAGCCCUCCGCAGGGUGCGUGCAGCAGUCACCCCUCAGGUAACAGCCGCUUCGCACCCUCCUGCAGCACCACCUCCAGCUUCCCUCCUCCGAGCUAGGCCACAGUGGGGACCGGACCCCCUUGCCCGGGCGGACCAUGGUCAGGCAGCCUCCCGUCAGUGCCUGCUGAGUGCAUGAGCUCCAGGGAGGGCGCUGGGGCCAAACUGCUUCCUCAUCCGGGUUCGGAGCGUAGGGCAGAGGUAGGGAAGUGGGGGCUCAGGUCGGUGUGGGGAAGAAAGAAGAGUGAGGGGGGCUCUCUGAAGACACAAGCGACUGCUGGGAAAGCGUGUUAUGUCAAGGAUUCUUGGGGCUCUGCUAACCUGCCUACCUCUGAGCCCCCACGUCUAGCCAUCCCCAGAGGCCACCCAAACCAGCGACCCUGUAGUUCCCUCCUGCUCCACUGUGGAGUCAGGCAGGAGAGGAAUACCCGCUCUGUGUGAUUUUAGCAUGUUUCAUAAUUAUAUAAAAAAACCCUCAAGUGGGGUCAUGUAGCCUCUACUUCUGUUUUUUCCUGGGAGGACUGAGUGUCGGCCUGAGCUGGCUGGGGCAGGGGGCGGGGGGUCAGCUGCAUGGACUCCUUGGUGGGAGAGGGGACAGCACUGCCCAGGCACUUCUGCACAGGCAGCAGACGCUGUCUUCAUCUGCUGUGUCACCGCCGCCGGCGGCUCACCUGCUAGAGCCUGUCCCCUCCCGUUCCCGCCAGCUAAGAGCACACGUGGUGUGUAUCCCUCAGAACAAACCCAGGUUUCCUUGCUCCGUGUCCCCGAAUGACUAUGCUGGCCGUCCCUGCUGCUUUGUCCCCCCCACGCACACCUGUUUAUCACACUUAGAGGGAGGAGAAGAUGACUCGGUCACACUGAAGAUGUUAAACCACAAAUUAAAUAAAAUGACGGCUUUCAAGUGA